CCCACAGCCUGCCCCCGGCGGGUCAGCCGUCGGGUCUCAGCACCCUCGCUCCCCCUCUCCUCUAACCAUGACCGAAAUGAGCGAGAAGGAGAACGAACCGGAUGACGCGGCCACCCACAGCCCCCCGGAGACCGUCUCUGCCCUCCAGGAAACCAAGCUCCAGCGCCUCAAGCGCUCGCUUUCCCUCAAGACCAUCCUCCGAAGUAAGAGUGUGGAGAACUUCUUCCUGCGCGCUGGCUCUGAACUCAAGUGCCCCACGGAGGUGCUGCUGACGCCCCCAACCCCGCUGCCCCCGCCCUCCCCGCCACCAGCAUCCACGGACAGCGGCCGCCUGCCCACCCCGGCCCCCUCCCCCUGCCCGAUCCCGCGCCCCCUGGCACCACUCAAACCAGUGAGGCUGCACAGCUUCCAGGAGCACAUCUUCAAGCGAGCUGGGCCCUGUGAGCUGUGCCGGCAGCUCAUUGUGGGAAACUCCAAGCAGGGCUUGCGGUGCAAGACGUGCAAAGUCAGCGUCCACCUCUGGUGCUCUGAGGAGAUCUCCCGUCAGCAGUGCCCGGGCAAGACGUCUGCCUCCUUCCGUCGCAACUUCAGCUCCCCGCUCCUGGUGCAUGAGCCGCCACCAGCUUGCACCACCAGCAAAGACUCUCCACCCACUGGCGCCAGUGGGAAGGUGGACCCCGUCUACGAGACCCUGCGCUAUGGCACCUCCUUGGCCCUGAUGAACCGCUCCAGCUUCAGCAGCGCCUCUGAGUCCCCCACAAGAAGUCUGAGCGAGCGGGAUGAGCUGGCUGAGGACGGGGAAGGCAGCAUCCGCAGCUCAGAGGAGGGGCCCGGAGACAGUGUGUUCACAGCCCCAGCUGAGAGCGAAGGGUCAGGACCAGAGGACAAGAGUCCUGGGCAGCAGCACCCCAGAGCCCUCCUGCGGAAGGACGUGGGGCCCAUGUACUCCUACGUUGCGCUCUACAAGUUUCUGCCCCAGGAGAGCAACGACCUAGCCCUGCAGCCUGGAGAUCGGAUCAUGCUGGUGGACGACUCUAAUGAGGACUGGUGGAAGGGCAAGAUUGGCGACCGGGUUGGGUUUUUCCCAGCCAAUUUUGUGCAGCGGGUGAGACCAGGUGAAAAUGUUUGGCGCUGCUGCCAGCCCUUCUCCGGGAACAAGGAACAGGGCUACAUGAGCCUCAAGGAGAACCAGAUCUGUGUAGGUGUGGGCAGGAGUAAGGAUGCUGAUGGUUUCAUCCGCGUCAGCAGUGGCAAGAAGCGAGGCCUGGUGCCAGCUGAUGCCCUGACUGAGAUAUGAGAGGAGCCAAGAGAACCCAGAUGCCACUUCUGCCCAUGCCCAGCCCUUGCUUCUGGCCCCGGGAGGGGAGCAGACAUCUGAACACACUUCUUCCCUCUGCUCUCUCUUGGGGUCCACUCACCAUGGCUUGGGGGGGCCU